AUGGCCGAUCCAGCGGCGGCGGCGGCGGCGCCUUCUCCGCCUCCGCCUCCCCUUGCCCCGCUCGAUCUGGAGGGCGAGGAGGGCCACGUCCGCUUCGCCCGCAAAGGGGCCCUCCGCCAGAAGAACGUGCACGAGGUCAAGAACCACAAGUUCACCGCCCGCUUCUUCAAGCAGCCCACCUUCUGCAGCCACUGCACCGACUUUAUCUGGGGAUUUGGAAAACAAGGUUUCCAGUGUCAAGUCUGUUGCUUCGUCGUCCACAAGAGGUGCCAUGAAUUUGUUACCUUUUCCUGCCCAGGUGCAGACAAGGGACCGGCUUCUGAUGACCCACGGAGCAAACACAAGUUUAAAAUCCAUACCUAUUCCAGCCCCACCUUCUGUGACCACUGUGGAUCCUUAUUGUAUGGGCUGAUCCACCAGGGGAUGAAAUGUGACACCUGCAUGAUGAAUGUGCAUAAACGCUGCGUGAUGAACGUACCGAGUCUCUGUGGGACAGACCACACUGAGCGGCGGGGACGGAUACACAUCAAAGCGGACAUCGAAAAUGAGGUCCUCACGGUUGUUGUACGAGAUGCUAAAAAUCUAGUUCCUAUGGAUCCCAACGGCUUGUCAGACCCAUAUGUGAAACUCAAACUUAUACCUGACCCGAAAAGUGAGAGCAAACAGAAGACUAAAACCAUCAAAUGCUCUCUGAACCCUGAGUGGAACGAGACCUUUAAAUUUCAGCUGAAAGACUCCGACAAAGACAGGAGAUUGUCUGUGGAGAUCUGGGACUGGGAUCUGACCAGCAGGAAUGAUUUCAUGGGGUCACUGUCCUUUGGCAUCUCGGAGUUGCAGAAAGCCGGAGUGGAUGGCUGGUUUAAGCUGCUGAGCCAGGAAGAGGGGGAAUACUUCAACGUCCCCGUUCCCCCCGAAGGCGAAGAAGGCAAUGAAGAGCUCCGGCAGAAGUUUGAGAGAGCCAGGAUCGGCCCAGGAUCAAAGGCGGUGGAGGAUAAGUCAUCAAACGCCAUCUCGAAAUUCGACAACAAUGGCAACCGUGAUCGCAUGAAGCUGUCCGAUUUCAACUUCCUGAUGGUGCUGGGCAAAGGCAGCUUUGGAAAGGUGAUGCUUUCAGAAAGGAAAGGCACCGACGAACUCUAUGCUGUGAAGAUUCUGAAGAAGGACGUGGUCAUCCAAGAUGAUGACGUGGAAUGCACCAUGGUGGAGAAGCGUGUGCUUGCUCUGGCCGGGAAGCCCCCAUUCCUAACACAGCUCCACUCUUGCUUCCAAACCAUGGAUCGGUUGUAUUUUGUAAUGGAAUACGUGAAUGGUGGUGACCUCAUGUACCAGAUCCAACAGGUUGGGAGGUUUAAGGAACCACACGCUGUGUUUUAUGCAGCUGAGAUAGCCUUUGGACUGUUCUUCUUACAUAGCAAAGGAAUCAUCUAUCGAGACUUGAAACUUGACAACGUUAUGCUGGACUCUGAGGGCCACAUCAAGAUUGCGGAUUUUGGCAUGUGCAAAGAGAACAUCUGGGACGGGAGCACCACCAAGACCUUCUGUGGCACUCCGGACUACAUUGCGCCCGAGAUCAUUGCUUAUCAGCCUUAUGGGAAAUCAGUGGACUGGUGGGCCUUUGGAGUCCUACUCUACGAAAUGUUGGCUGGACAGGCACCAUUUGAAGGAGAAGAUGAAGACGAGCUCUUCCAGUCCAUCAUGGAACACAAUGUCGCCUACCCGAAAUCCAUGACCAAGGAAGCGGUGGCAAUCUGCAAAGGGCUCAUGACCAAGCAUCCAGCGAAGCGCUUGGGGUGUGGCCCUGAAGGAGAGCGGGAUAUCAAGGAGCACGCCUUCUUCCGCUACAUCGAUUGGGACAAACUUGAACGGAAAGAGAUUCAGCCACCUUUCAAGCCCAAAGCUAAAGACAAACACGACACUUCCAACUUCGAUAAAGAGUUCACGAGGCAGCCCGUGGAGCUCACGCCCACAGACAAACUCUUCAUCAUGAACUUGGACCAGAAUGAGUUUGCAGGAUUCUCCUACACCAAUCCUGAAUUUGUUAUUAAUGUUUAGGCAACAUGGUCAGUCCUCCUGCUU